AUGAGAAACUUCAAACGUGCAAAAACACCACCAUCGCGUAAAGACGAAAUGAGAGCACAAAUACCUCAAGAUUCCCGUACGGCCAGAGAGGGGUCCCCCACCGCCCGGCUCCGAGGAGGGGGUCCCCCAAGGGGGAUGGAGCCCAGUGGAAGGAAACUCGCACGGCGGGCAGGGGCGGGGGGCUGCGGUCCCCACACUAAGUCCGCAGCCGCCGAGCCCGGUGACAGGAACGUCCUCGGAGCAGCUUCUCCGCAGGGCCCCCCCGGCACCGCCGCGCCCGGACAACCCGGGGAGGGUGGCGGCGGAGGGGCACGGCCCCGCACAGCUCGGGGGGCGGCCGGCACCGCAUCGCCUCCCCCCGCUCCCGGUGCCCCGCGCGGGGCGGCACCGCCUCCGCCUGUCCCGUCCCGUCCCGUCCGUCCCGCCCCCGCCCCGCGGCCCCCCCGCCCCGCACACACGGCAGGGACGCUCCUGCACUUUCCGCCCACUCCCCCGUCCCGUCCCCCCCCCCCCCGCGCCGGAUUUCUCCGGGAAUCACCCACGCACGACCCGCCCGCUCCUUCCGGCCGUGCCCCGCGGGGCCGGGGCCGGGCUGCCCGCGCCCCCCGCCCGCCCCGCACCUACUCUGCAGUGGGCUGCUCCCGCCGCCGGCCGCCCGGGGCUCCCCUCGGCGCCGUCCCGGGGCCGCAGACUCAGCCCCGCCGAAGUUCCUGCCCGCGGCCCCCCCGCCCAGGCUCCUCCUUUCCCAUCGACGGGGCGGGUGGGCGAGCCUGUCCCCGCCACCGCCUCGCUGCCGCCGCCGCCGGGGGGGCGCGGGGCCGCCCCGCCGCACCCGCACCGCGCCUUCGGCCGCGCCUUCGCCGCGCGCGGGGGCCGAGCGGGCGGCGGGAGGGAGGGAGGGAGGGAGGGGAGGAAGGAGGGAAAGAGGGAGGGAGGGAUGUAGGGGGGGAGGAGGGAGGGAGGGAGCGGCCCCCGCCCCCCGCACACGCCGCCCCCUCCCGCGCGGUCACAUGGGGAGAGCCCGCGCGCGCUCCGCCGCCCGCCCACGCGCGGCCGCCGCGUGACGCAGCGCCCGGCGGGGGCGGCACCGACACCGGCAGCGACCCCCGGCGGACACCGACCGGGACACCGACCGGGACACCCCCCCCCGGGGACACCGACCGGGACACCCCCAGACACCCCCCGGAACACCGACCGGGACACCCCCCCCCCGGGACACCGACCGGGACACCGACCGGGACACCCCCCCCCCGGGACACCGACCGGGACACCCCCAGACACCCCCCGGAACACCGACCGGGACACCCCCCCCCCGGGACACCGACCGGGACACCCCCCCCCGGGACACCCCCGGGACACCGACCGGGACACCGACCGGGACACCCCCCCCGGGACACCCCCGGGAUACCGACCGGGACACCCCCCGGGAUACCGACCGGGACACCCCCCGGGACACCGACCGGGACAUCCCCCCGGGACACCCCCGGGACACCGACCGGGACACCCCCCCCGGGACACCGACCGGGACAUCACUCGGGACACCCCCCGACACCCCCCGGGACACCGACCGGGACACCCCCCCCGGGACACCCCCGGGACACCCCCGGACACCGACCGGGACACCCCCCCCCCCGGGACACCGACCGGGACACCCCCCUGGGACACCCCCGGGACACAGACCGGGACACCCUCCCCCGGGACACCCCCGGACACCCCCCGGAACACCGACCGGGACACCCCCGGACACCCCCGGGACACCCCCCCGGGACACCCCCGGACACCGACCGGGAUACCCCCGGACGCCCCCCGGAACACCGACCGGGAGAACCCCUGGACCCCUCGGACACCGACCGGGACAGCCCCGGGACACAGCCCGGGACCCCACUGGGACACAGCCCGGGACACAGCCCGGGACACCGACCGGGACACCCCCGGGACCCCCCGGACACCGACCGGGACACCCCCGGGACCCCCUGGACACCGACCGGGACAGCCCCGGGACACAGCCCGGGACCCCACUGGGACACAGCCCGGGACCCCACCGGGACACACCCCGGGACACGGACCGGGACAUCACCCGGGACCCCCCGGACACUGACUGGGACACCCCUGGGACACCCCCCCGAGACCCCCCGGACACUGACUGGGACACCCCUGGGACCCCCCGGACACCGUCGGGGACACCCCCCGGGAUCCGCCGCCCCCGUGGGAAAACGCCGUUUCAAACAUUCCGCUCAGUGCCGGGCUGUGACCGAGCGGCGCGGACCUCGCCGGGUUGCGGGCACACGGCCCCGGGGGCGGUGUCGGGACGGGCCGGCCCGGGGUGCAAAACACAGCUGUACACAAAGCGGUGCAAAACGCCAGGUAGCAAUUCAAGCAGGGAGAAGUGAUACCGUGUAUUUAUUUUACGGAUGGAGAGUUGAUUAA